CCAAGAUCCCCGCCGGGGCGGGCUGAGAGGCUGUCCGUCACUGGUACCCCCGGCAGGGUGGGCCCCGCCUUUUGGCACUCCCAAGUCUCCAGCCUUGCAUCUCAAGGUUACCAGCCGCGACAAGACAACGCAAUUGACAUUGACGCCUAUUGCUGCAACAAUGUCGGCGCCUACCGAUCAGUUCUACCUGCGAUACUACUCCGGUCACUCUGGACGGUUCGGACACGAGUUCCUCGAGUUCGACUUCCGCGUUCUUGGCGAUGGAAGAAGCGCUGUUGCGCGUUACGCGAACAACUCCAACUACCGAAACGAUAGCUUGAUUCGCAAAGAGAUGUGCGUCAGCGCUCUUGUUAUCGACGAGAUCAAGCGCAUCAUCAAGACCAGCGAGAUCAUGAAGGAAGACGACUCAAAGUGGCCACAGAAGAACAAGGACGGGCGUCAAGAGCUCGAGAUCCGGCUAGGCAACGACCAUAUUUCAUUCGAGACGGCCAAGAUAGGUUCAUUGGUCGAUGUCACGGAAUCCGCCGACCCUGAAGGACUCCGAGUAUUCUACUACCUGGUGCAGGAUCUGAAGGCGCUGGUGUUCAGCUUGAUCGCCCUGCACUUCAAAAUCAAGCCCAUCUAAACGAGCAGCGAACCCGAUUUGGCGGCGACGACGACGAAAUUGGAGAUACCCGGAACAACUGGCCAACGAUUCUCGCGAGAGGGGGACCACGGAACGACCGUGACGAAACACCGCAUGCGACCUGCGGAACGACAAUGGUUCCAUUUUCUUCUAGAAAAUUGCAUGAUGUCGUAUGUUGGAUGCAUGGAGGGAGGGAGGUUCUUGGGCCCUUCAGCUCAGACGACAAGCUGGCGAACGGACGUACGGGCAGGCGGGCAAUUCAGAAGUCCUGCUGGUCGUCCCGUAUGAAAGAUAGACUUGGACGAGACUGCACCGCACGGCUUCCGGUCGUGUGUCUCUGUCAGAAAACAUAACGCGAUACAUUUCUCUCUCUCUUUUCUUCUUCGCUUUCCGGCAUAAACACG